AUGGAGGGAUUUCUUGAGCUUGCAACCUGGGAUAAGCCUGAGGAGAUGUAUACUGUUGGCAAAAAGCUGACCCUAUUUCCAUACGAGCCGGUACGCCCAUAUAGCACGCCCGCAUACCAUUCACCUCGAGGCGUGCGCAACUUCGACCCCAAGGCCGACUUCGCCAAGACUCAAGCCAAGGUUCAAAUCGAGAAAAUCAUACGCGUUGGUCCCGAACGAGAGUCUCAAAUCUUCAGCUGCAAGGUACUGGAGGCACCGGUCGAAGAACGCCCAGCCUUCUACCAGUCACCUCUCAGCCUGAUCCCCAAGAACAAGGACUCCAAAGCCCGCCGCCCGCCCCUGACUAGGAAGCUCGUCAGCAAGGUCUACGACAACACCUGGCUUCCUAGCUGCUUUGUUAACCCUAGCCCUGAUACAGGUUACUUCAGCCGUGAGCAUGCCGCCUACGCCUACUAUCGCUGGAAUAAGAAGACGGGCUACGCGCAUACUAUGCCACAGUUCUACGGUGGCUGGGUGGCGAAAGUCAAGUAUGGUACGAAUAUGACGGGUGAACCACAAUUCAAGUACGUUGGUCUUAUCGUUAUUGAGUACAUCGACGGCCGCUCUAUUGAGGACCUGUGUUUUCGCGAAGAUAUCGAAGAAGGAUAUAUUGGCGAGCUCUGCCCUUACGAAUUUUCUUUUGGCAUAUCUGGCGAGGGCAACCAGAUUAGGCGUGUUACCUUUGACGAGAAGAAUCGACAGCUUGUCAUCCAGAUAAUGCUCCACGGUAUUUGCCAAGGUUUCCAACUCGGGGUCGAGCAUCACGAAAUUUCCCCGAAGAAUGUAUUCGUUACGUUGAAGAACGGUAUGGUUUGA